CCUGUUUUCGUUUCUCCCUUCAAAUCAAACCCCAACCAACGAUCGAUCUUCCGAUGCCCAGCAGCACUUGUCUAGAAUGUCAUUUGGAGGCAUCAUUACCAGAACCAAAACUCCACUGUUUGCUUUAUCACUAUUCCGUGGUGAUCCUCACCUACUCAGACUAGUACCCAUCAUCAUCACCGAACACUCUUCUUCUUCUUCUUCAAAGCCCUAUGUUACAGUUACAAAUUCCAUUUCACGCGAAGCGGCCUUGACGAGUGGUCUGAGACGCUGUUACUACCAUGAUGGGAGGCCAAGAGGACCCCUCUGGAGGGGCAAGAAAUUGAUUGGCAAAGAAGCCCUUUUCGUCAUCUCGGGUUUGAAGAGAUUCAAAGAUGAUGAAGAGAAGCUUUCUCAAUUCAUCAAAACCCACGUCUCCAGGCUCUUGAAGAUGGACUUGAUUUCCGUCCUCAAUGAACUCGGACGCCAACAGGAGGUCACUUUAGCUCUCAAGAUCUUUAGGGUAAUUCAAAAGGAAGACUGGUAUAAGCCUGAUGUCUUCCUCUAUAAGGACCUGAUUAUUGCAUUAGCAACAUGUAAGAAAAUGGAUGAUGUGAUGCAAUUGUGGGAAAGUAUGAGAAAUGAAGAUUUAUUUCCUGAUUCUCAAACAUAUACCGAAGUUAUUCGGGGCUUCUUGAGGUGUGGGUCUCCUGCAGAUGCCAUGAAUAUUUAUGAGGACAUGAAGAAGUCUCCAGAUCCACCGGAGGAGUUACCAUUUAGAAUAUUGUUGAAGGGACUUUUGCCACAUCCCCUCUUGAGAAACAGAGUAAAACAAGACUUUGAGGAGAUUUUUCCUGACAACCAUGUUUAUGAUCCUCCGGAAGAGAUAUUUGGACUACGCUAAGAUGAGAGAAGUUGGAAGCAUUGAGACCAAGUUGGAAUUCUAUGCUGAAGAAGAGUAGAGAGAUGGGAAAUGAGAGUGCGCCACAAGGGAACACAGCCAGAUUAAAGCUUAACAAUGUAGGUUUUUUCCCCCUCUUCUUUUUGGUAGGUUGAAAAAAAAAAACUCUUAUAUCAUUGGAGGAGUCAUUGUCCAAUAACUGCUGAUAAUUUAUGGCUUGCCUUUCAAUCUGCUUUAGUUUCAGAAAAUGUGAUGGAAAGUUGAAAUCUUGCUUUGUCUAAUUUGCAUUUCUCAUUUUUCGUUUGUUCUGGUUGCCCCACUCUAUUAGGCAUUCACAGAGUCUCCUGUCAUAGGGCAAUCAUUUUAUGACUUUAGGAGAUUGGGAAAUACUUCUUGUGUUUAUUAUUGCUACUAGUUUGAAAGAUGUUGAGAAAAUAUGUUGUAUGCUAUUGAAUUCAACUUGUUCCUAUGUCCAUCUUAAUAAAUAGAACCCAACAUUAACAAUGCUGAG